AUGGGAGGACCAGCGUACGAUUGCUUGACUAACCCUUUGGGAGCCGUCCGAUUCUCCUUCGGAAAUGCUCUUUCUUCGGGCUACGAUCCGGCGUCGUCUGUCGGAAAAGACUGGGGCGUCGUCGAUUUGUUCCGUCACUACUUCUCCGACGAAUCUGCUAUCUCCCAGGUUCCGAUUCUUGAUUCGUCAAGUAUCAAGUGGGUGCAGCCCAAGACUCUGGUUCGGUUCCGUGGAAUGAUACAGGACAUGCUUGGAAAUGAAUUCUACGCUGGUGCUUACAAGGAUGAUUCAACAUGGAGAACCAAUAAGUUCAGUGAUAUCUCACACUUUCCUGAGGGUGCUUCCUCUGAAAUGCAAGUUUGGGAGCGUCGCUUGCUAUACUGUGUUCCUGUACCAGGACAAAACCAAUGGACUGAAUCUUCUUCUAACGAGCUUAAGAACCGGUUUUUGGAUCUAAAUGGCCAAAACCGGGAAAAGCGUCCGAGGGUUGAUGAAGAAAUGACUGAUUCCAUGGAGUCCAACACUUUAGAAGCUGGGAUUGACGGUUCUCCUUUCAAGAAAAUGAAAGCAGGAGAAGCAACCUCAUCAGCUUCGGAAUCUCUAGUUCCUCGGACUGAUGUUGCUUCACAAUGUUCUGCUUUCCCACCUGCUACAAGUACAGAUUCUCUACCUUGUCUUGUGAAGGUUUAUGAUUCUCCAGAGUCAGAACUGAAGCUAAAUGAUGUGGUUGAGUUCCUUGGAGUGUUGACUUUCGAUCAAAACGCUAUGAUGGAUGUGGAUUCACUUGAUGAGUUUUCUGAAGCAGAAUCUGUUCAGAUGCCCUCUGGGAAAGUUCCACGCCUCCAUUGUCUUAUCCACAGGAAGCUCGAAACACAACAUUUCCUCCAUGGCUCUUCCUUAUUAACAGAGUUCAAAUCUCCCCAAAUAUUCAAAGAGAUAAGAGAGAGUUUGAUGAAGUACCUUACUGGCAUACUUGGGAAUGAUCACAUUGCAGCACAGUUCGUAUUAUUGCAUCUCCUGUCAAAGGUGCAUGGAAGAGUAGAUAAUGUUGCUGUUGGGAAGCUUUCACUUAACCUCACACACCUUAACAGAGAAAGCAUGUCUAUCUUCGGUACUCAGCUCAGAGAUGCCCUCAAAAGCCUCCUACCAUUCACACAAUCUAUACCACUUACUGUUGAGUAUCUGAACACUGCCUCCCUCGGUCCCAAAAAGGACUACAAAAUCAACAGAUUGGUGCCUGGAGCUCUACAAAUUGCAGACGGUACACACUUGAUAUUGGACGAAACAGAGUUGCAACCAGGAACCUUGAACUCUGUUGGAGUUGAGAAUGCAAAGCUGCUUAAAAACCUCUUGGAAUGCCAGAAGGUGGAGUAUGAUUUCCAUUAUUACAAAAUGGAAAUGACCACUGAUGUUCAGAUGCUCAUCUUCUCUGAGGGGAAAUCAAACAUUAUGCCUGCUGAUCUUGUUCUGCCUUUUCAACCUUCCCAAGUGAAUUCAUCAGAAGUCAUCACACCAGAAACAGCAGAAGCUUGGAGGUGUUACUUAGCUACGUGCAAAUCUUUAUCUCACUCCAUUGGGCAAGAGUUGCAACAGGUGGUGGAGAAUGAUUUGGUUGCAGUAAGGCAAACCGAUCGUAGUUUAGGGAGCCAAGACUUGAGCAGAUUAUUGACAUUGGCUCGCAUGAUGUCUGUGAGUUAUGGUGAGACUACGCUUACACUAGAGCACUGGCAAAUGGUGUUGGAACUAGAACGACUUAGAAAAGAGAGGCUCAAGUGA